GGUUCAGUCUGUGUGUGCCGGUCGCCGAGUUCAUGACUCGCGUUUCCCGCGCAAACACGUUGGUUUUUUCCGUAACGUCGUUAUUAUUUCAGUUAAUUUAUUUAUUGUUUUAUUUUUUAUUCUAUGUUUUUUUUUAUUAUUUUCAUUAGUUAUGAUUAAAUUAUCAUUUUAAAUUUUUUAUUUCAAAUUAUUGAUUUGCAAAAGUUGGUGUAAUAAAAUUGUGAAUGGAUUACAUAACGUAACACAUACAAGCUCACGUAAGAAUUGCUCUGCAAUGAGACAUUCAGCAAUUAGUGGAUUAGAAGAAUGUGGAUAUCGGCGUUCUAAUUGUAAUCAUGGUAUGUUGGCAAGAAGUAGUUCUGAAUCAGAUAUAGUUGCGGUAACUGGAUACCCUGGAAAUUUAGACAUGGGAAAAUACGAAGAGGAAGAAGACUCAGAAGAUGACAGAGAUGACGAUGAAUAUUUGGAAGCUGAACGUAAUCAACAAGAACAACUUCCUUAUCCGGGUUUCAUACCAAUAUCUAUGAAGUACUUGGAUCAGAACUCUAGGCCUAGAAAUUGGUGCUUAGCAAUGAUAACAAAUCCAUAUCCUUUUUAUAACUUAAUAUAA